AUGAACAUUCCACAACCACCUAAUUUUACAAUACAAACUUCUUCGGACCCGCCACAGACUCUAUGGAUGGGAGAUUUGGAUCCACGAUAUGAAGAAAGUACAAUACAAUUCAUUUGGAAGUAUUAUAACAAAUCUGUAAAAGUUAGAUUAAUUCGUUCCAAGAAGAAUCAAUUGAUUCCAUGUACCUCUACAAACAAACAACCGGACUUACAAGAUGGUUCAAUCCAUGUCAAUGGAAUGGAAUUUUGGGAUUCCAGCAUAACACCACUACAUCAUGCAGGAUAUUGUUUUGUUGAAUUUGAAACAACCAAUGACGCAAAAUAUGCUCUAUCAUUGAAUUCAUUACCAAUACCGAACAUGUGGUUUGAAACAGAGACAAACAACAACGACCAAAGUGGGUAUAUGACCAACCCCAAAUUGAGAAGAACAUUCAGGUUGAAUUGGGCUUCUGGUGCCACUUUACAAUGUGGUGUAUCAUUAACGCCUGAAUAUUCUUUAUUUGUAGGACAUUUAUCACCCACAGUGACAGAAGCAGACUUGGUAACUUUGUUUCAAAUGAAGUAUGAAAGUGUAAAGACCGCCAGAGUUAUGACGGACCCCUUGACUGGUGAGUCCCGGUGUUUUGGGUUUGUUAGAUUCGAUAACCCGCAGGAUAGAGACAAUGCAUUGACAGAAAUGUCAGAUAUAUAUUUACAAGGACGGUGUAUAAGAGUCUCCACAGCGUCAGGCAGAUCCUCCAAUCAUUUCCCAGAGCCUCCUGGGUCACCAAGUGCCCAUUCAAUGUCGCCUUCGUCCCCUUUGUCUCCAUUACAGCCCAAUAUCCCAAUGCUAUUACCAACUAAAUCUCAAGCGUCAAUAGGACUGUCUCCAGAGGAAGAAUACAAGAUAUCAGUUGCUACAGCCCAACCAUUAUUGAUGCAAACUGCAAUGCAACUGGUUCAACGACAACGACAACAAUCCAUAGAAAAAGGGUUCGUUGGCAGAAAUGGGGAAGGGCCAAGUAAGAACACCACACUAUUCAUCGGUGGCCUAAAUAGAGAUAUCGCGGAAUGGCAAGUCCAGUUAUUAUUCAGACCAUUUGGCAAUAUCUUUUCUAUUAGAAUCCCACCCUUACGUGGUUGUGGGUUUAUUACAUAUUUCAAUCAGUUAGAUGCACAGGCUGCAAUGAUUGGAAUGCAAGGUUAUGUAGUGGACGGACAUCGAGUAAGACUCGCAUGGGGGAAUACACCUAUUGCAGACUUUCCAGAGUACGAAGAUAUUGUUAAUUUAUUAGGAGCCACUUUAGAACGAAGAUAUUAA